AUGCAGUACAGACUAGUAUCCGUCCUGACGGCAGGCGUGCUGGUAGCCAUCAGUGGCGCCGCACCCGUUCCAUCCUCCGAGACCAUCACCAACCCAGCCGACACGAUUGAUGUCGGCAAGCCCACGACGAUAAUCACGUGGGGCAAGCGCGACGGCGACAAACCCAACCCCGAUGACAUCCAAAUAGGUCCUCCAAGCAGCGGAAUCAUCUGGUCCAAGGACAAGAAGCGUGACACCACCACCAAUCCCGAUACGAUUGUCAUAGGCAAGCCCAGCACGGACAUCACAUGGGGAAAGAAGAGAGAAGCUGCUUCCAACGAUCCAAAGGAUGAUAUCCAGCUUGGCAAGCCCAACACGGUGAUUACUUGGGGUAAGAAGGCAAAGCGCGAAGAGGCUGCUGCUAAGCCAAAGGAUAGCUUUAAGCUGGGCCCGCCGACGACGGUUGUUACAUGGUCUUGAAGAAGAGUCGAUCCUAUCUCAGCCUGGUGUCUUCUCCAUUUGUUCUUUUUUUUGUUGAAACUUAUAUAUUCGGGUGAUUUUAGUAUCAAAAUAGUUUACUGCUUCGACGUACCUG